GAAGGUGGCUGCCAGUUGUUUUGUUGCAGCUUUAAAGGAUGUUUAAUCCAAUUAAUUCAAGAUGCAACUCCAACUGAUCAGAAAGUAUGCCAGCAAGGCCACCAGGGAGCACUAUGCCAGCAGCAGCCUGAAGAUCUACCGCCGGGUAAGGCCACCGCCAAAGAUAAACAGACCAAAAAAGCCGGAGAAUCUGGAGGAACACUCGGAAUAUGCGGAGAAUCUGGUCAAGGUGCAGAUGAUUUCGCGGAAUCUGCACGCGCAGCUGUUUCCCCAAUCCCCUCGCAGCGUUUCGGAGCAGCAGGUGGCCUCCGCCAAGGUUUACCAGGAUGAGCUGCGCAGGCAUGGCGUCGACAUCGAAAGCUGUGCUCCUGUGCCGGAUGUUCAGUUGAAACUGCCUCCACUAAGAGGCGCCAACAUUGAGGAGCACUUCUACAACAUAGCCAAGGAGCAGGUGCAGCCGUACGAGGAGCUACUGCUGCCACUGGUCCGAUGCGAGGAGCUACCAAAGCGUCCCAAGCGAUGGGCUUUCUUUGCCGGCUGGACGGCCUAUGAUCCCGCCGAUGGAACAGCCACACCAGUGGAUCACCCACUGGAAAAGGGUCUGAUCUUCGAUGUGGAGGUGUGCGUCAAGGAGGCACAGACUCCUGUUCUGGCCACCGCUGUGAGCACCAAGAGAUGGUACUCCUGGGUGAGUCCCAAGCUCACCAAACACCGCCUGAGUCUGGCCAAAUCGGAGCCCCUGGACGUGGACACGGACACAGAGCGACCACACUACUCCCCCGAUGAACUGAUACCCCUGGGAACCAGUGGACCUGGUCUUGUAGUGGGUCACAAUGUCAGCUACGACAGGGCUCGCCUAAAGGAGCAGUAUUUGAUCGAGGACACGGGCACACGGUUCGUGGACACCAUGUCGUUGCACAUGUGCGUCAGUGGAGUGACCAGCUACCAGCGUGCCAUGCUCAAGUCCAAGAAGGAGCCGGCUCCCGAGGAUCUUGGCUGGCUAGAGCAGAGCUCCCUCAACAGUUUGGUGGAGGUCCACAAGCUGUACUGCGGUGGUGAGCCCCUCUCCAAGGAGCCCAGGAACAUUUUCGUGGAGGGAACGCUGGAGCAAGUGCGCCAGAGCUUCCAGUCGCUGACCAACUACUGUGCCGGCGAUGUGGAGGCCACCCAUCGGGUGCUCCGAGUCCUGUAUCCCCUGUAUGCCGAGCGCUUUCCGCAUCCUGCUUCGCUGGCCGGCAUGUUGGAGAUGGGCUCCGCCUAUUUGCCCGUGAAUUCCAACUGGGAGCGGUACAUACGCGAGGCGCAGCUCACCUACGAGGAUCUCAGCAUCGAGGCCAAGUACCAUCUGGGACGCCGGGCUGAGGAAGCCUGCUCCCUGCUGCUCGACGAUCAGUACCGCCAGAAUCUGUGGCUCUGGGACGAGGACUGGAGUGUGCAGGAGUUGAAGUUGAAGCAGCCUCCAAAGCGCAAGCCUUUGCCCAGGGAGAAACGGGAGGAUCAGGGGGAUACCGCCGAGCAGCGUCGCCUGCAGGCCAAGUUCCAGCACCUCUACGAUCAGCGGGCACUGCUCCCAGCUCGCAGACCCUUGCUUCCCGGUUAUCCACUGUGGUAUCGCAAACUGUGCCGCAAGCCACCAUCCAACUCCAAAAGGGAUGACGAACUGCUGGAGGAGGAGCAGGAGUCCUGGUCUCCCGGUGCCAGCGAAAUCAGCACCGGCAUGCAGAUUGCCCCCAAACUGCUUUCCCUCUGCUGGGAAGGAUAUCCUUUGCAUUACGAGAGGGAGCAGGGAUGGGGCUUCCUGGUUCCCUUUCGCAGCGAUUCGGAAGGAGCAGACCAGCUGCCAAUGGAACAACUUUUGGCGCGUUGUCCAGUGCCAGAGUUUGCCAGGCAAUGUGCCUCGAAGGCGGAGAGUGAUCUGGCGUUAGACAUGCUACCGGGUGACCUAGAACAACAUCUGGGCAAGCGGGAGCACUACAAGAAGCUGUCCCAGAAACAGAAACGCCUGGAAACUCAGUACCAAGGCUCUGGUGUGUGGUGCAACAAAGUGCUGGAGGACUCUUGCUUCUUCCUCAAGUUGCCCCACAAAAAUGGACCCUCGUUUCGAGUGGGAAACCCUCUGUCCAGGGACUUCCUCAACAAGUUCUCCGACAACGUUCUGAGCAGUGGAGACCCAUCUUGUCAAGCGGCCGCCCGCGUCAUCGACAUUGCUCGCAUGAUGUCGUAUUGGCGUAACAAUCGGGAUCGGAUCAUGGGUCAGAUGGUCGUCUGGCUGGAUCCCCAGCAAUUGCCAGAGGAACUCAUCGGUGAGAAUGCCCACCUGAUAUCCUACGGAGCCAUUUGCCCACAGGUUGUGGCCUGCGGCACAUUGACUCGCCGCGCCAUGGAGCCCACUUGGAUGACGGCCUCCAAUUCGCGGCCUGAUCGCCUGGGCUCGGAGCUGCGUUCCAUGGUGCAGGCUCCACCCGGCUACAGGCUGGUGGGUGCCGAUGUCGACUCGCAGGAACUGUGGAUCGCUUCCGUGCUGGGCGAUGCCUACGCCUGUGGCGAGCAUGGCGCCACACCCCUCGGCUGGAUGACUCUCAGCGGCAGUAAGUCGAAUGGCAGCGACAUGCACUCCAUCACUGCCAAGGCGGUGGGCAUUUCCCGAGAUCAUGCCAAGGUGAUAAACUAUGCCAGGAUCUACGGAGCUGGUCAGCUGUUUGCCGAGACGCUACUCCGCCAGUUCAAUCCCACGUUCAGUGCCUCCGAAGCCAAGGCCAAGGCCAUGAAAAUGUUUGCCAUUACAAAAGGCAAAAGGGUGUAUAGGUUGCGCGAGGAGUUCCACGAUGAACUGGAGGACAGGGGUUAUAGCAGCUACGAGGCUACCCGACUGGCUGUCCAGCGCAAUCGCAGCCUGGCCGAGGUUUUCCAUCGUCCCAAUUGGCAGGGCGGCACCGAGAGCGCCAUGUUCAAUCGGCUGGAGGAGAUUGCCACUGGCUCACAGCCGCAGACGCCGUUCCUAGGCGGACGCCUCAGUCGCGCACUGGAGGCGGAUAGAGGUCUCGACCAGGAGCAGCGUUUCCUGCCCACCCGUAUCAACUGGGUGGUCCAGAGCGGAGCCGUGGACUUCCUGCACCUGAUGCUGGUCAGCAUGCGGUGGCUCAUGGGACCGCACGUUCGCUUCUGCCUGAGCUUCCACGACGAACUGCGCUACCUGGUAAAGGAGGAGCUGUCGCCCAAGGCGGCACUGGCCAUGCACAUCACUAACCUAAUGACGCGCUCCUUCUGCGUCUCCCGCAUCGGACUCAAGGAUCUGCCCAUGUCGGUGGCCUUCUUUUCCUCUGUCGAGGUGGACACUGUGCUGCGAAAAGAGUGCACCAUGGACUGCAAGACGCCAUCGAAUCCGCAUGGCCUGCGCAUUGGCUAUGGCAUUCAACCCGGUCAAAGUUUGAGUGUGGCUGAGGCAAUCGAAAAAGCUGGCGGCAAUGAUGUCAGUCAAUGGAGUUGGAUCAAGCAGCAUUAGCUUGCAAGUACUCACGAUUUGGUCUAUAUUUGUUAUUUAAUUCAGAGUGACUUGGAGGUCACUAAAUUAAGUCAGGUUACUAGUUCCUCUUAAUCCUUUUUUUAAGAAACAAAAAUUAAAUUAAUCUAAAUAAGUUUGAAACAAAUUGAAGUUUUUAAGCCAGUUGUGGUAGAACUAAAAAGCAGUUAAUAUUAAUUUUAUGGAACAAACAUUAAAUCAAACUAUUUAAUUCAGUUGA